AUGGCGGGGAUAACCGGCCCGCUGACCGACCUGCUGCACAAGGACAAGAAUUUCGUGUGGGGGGAGGAAGCAGAGGUGGCUUUCCAGGAGCUCAAGAAUUUUCUCGUUUCCCCUCCUGUGCUGCGCAUCGCCGACCCAUCGAAGCCGUUCGAAGUCGUAACCGACGCCUCUGAUUUCGCCAUCGGAGCAGUGCUUCUCCAGGAUUUCGGGAACGGGCUGCGACCGAUCGCCUACGAAUCACGCAAGCUGCAAGCUGCCGAGCGCAACUACCCGAUCCACGACAAGGAGAUGCUCGCCAUAAUCCACGCGUUUAAACUGUGGCGAUGCUACCUGGUGGGCGCCAACGUCACUGUGCGCACGGACCACAAGUCCCUACAGUACCUGCGAGCUCAACCGAACCUUAACCCGCGACAAAUUCGGUGGCUGGAUUACAUGGAGAGCCACUUCACCUACCGCAUCACGUACAAGAAAGGGGCGAAUAACAUCGCCGACGCCCUGACCAGACCGACCGUACAAUCCGCUGCUGUACUGAUCACCCAUUCGAACCCGCUACUUACAGGACUAUUCACCCACGGCUACACUACGGACCCGUUCUUCACGACAGGAAAUCAUCAGCAGGCCACGACGCAGAAGGGGGAUUAUUACCUAAAAGCCGGCACCGACAGGAUUUGGGUCCCCGCUUACCGGCUACUGCGUGAACUUCUCAUCCAGGAGGUCCACGAUUCGAAUUACUCCGGACACUUCGGGGAGGACAUGGACUUCAACGCCAGCGGCGAGAUGCCUACGGACAUCCCGAUGGGGGGGGACGAGGAGGACGAAGCUACGUACGCUCCGCAGGCGGAGGGAGAGGAGAAGGAUCUGACCAGCGAUGGCGGAGUGAAGAAGCUGAUUGUCAAGGCCGGCGACGGCUGGGACAAGCCCGAGGCUGGAGAUGAGGUGUCAGUUCACUACACCGGAACCCUUUUGGACGGAACCAAGUUCGAUUCCAGUGUCGACAGAGGAGAGCCGUUCAACUUUAAGCUCGGGCAAGGCCAAGUCAUCAAGGGAUGGGACAAGGGAAUCGCAUCCAUGAAGAAAGGCGAGAAGGCCGUGUUUACAAUCAAACCCGAGUACGCUUAUGGCGAGGCUGGGUCUCCGCCGACGAUUCCGCCGAACGCGACGCUGAAAUUCGAGGUGGAGCUGCUGUCGUGGAUCAGCGUGAAGGACAUCUGCGGUGAUGGCGGCGUGUUCAAGAAGAUUCUUGUGGAGGGCAAGAAGUGGGAGACGCCCAAAGACAUGGACAAGGUCACAGUGAAGUACGAGGUGCGGUUACACGACGGCACGGUGGUAACCAAGACUGGCGACAACGGCGAGCAGUUUUACCUCAAGGACGGCCACUUCUGCGCGGCUCUCCCGCGCGCCAUUAAGACGAUGCAUCAGGGGGAGAAGGUUCUGCUCACCGUGAAGCCUCAGUACGGUUUUGGAGAAGCCGGCCGUCCAGAGACUGACGGCCAGCCGGCAAUUCCGCCGAACGAGACGCUGAGCAUCGACCUGGAGCUGGUGGGGUGGAGAAAGGUGGAGAAGGUUACAGAGGACGGGAAGGUCAUGAAGGAGGAGAUCGAAGCUGGGGAGGGUUAUGAACGACCAAACGACGAGUCGGUGGUUAAAGUGCGCUACACUCUACGGCUCACGGACGGGACGGUGGUGGAGGAGAAGGGCAUGGGCGAUGGGGAGGACCCAUUUGAGUUCACCACUGAUGAAGAGCAAGUCGUGCCUGGGCUGGACAAGGCAGUGAUGAAGAUGAAGAAGGGCGAACUCGCCACCAUCACCAUCGCCCCUGAAUACGCCUACGGCUCCGAGGAAAAGACCCUGGAAAAGGGCACGGUCCCGGCUAACUCCACUCUGGUGUAUGAGCUUCGGCUGGUGGAGUUUAUCAAAGAUAAGGAGUCUUGGGAGCUUGGGGAUGAGGAGAAGGUCGCACACGCGGCGAAGAAAAAGGAGGAGGGUAACGUGCUCUUCAAGUCCGGAAAAUACGUCCGGGCAGCGAAGAAAUACUCCAAGGCGCUGAAGCUGAUCGAGUACGACACACAGUUCAAGGACGAGGAGAAGAAGGCGUGCAAAGUGCUGAAGGUCUCGUGCGGGUUGAAUGAGGCGGCAUGUCAGCUGAAGCUGAAGGAUUACCCGGCCGCAGUGAAGCUGACGAGUAAGGUGCUGGAGCUGGAGGGGACGAACGUGAAGGCUCUGUAUCGGCGCGCUCAGGCGUAUAUGGGCACUGAGGACUAUGACCUGGCGGAGUGGGACGUGAAGAAGGCCCUUGACCUCGACCCGGAGAACAGGGACCUGAAGCUCGAGUAUCGGCAGCUGAAGCGCAAGAUUGCAGAGCAGAACCAGAAGGAGAAGAAGAUAUAUGGCAACCUCUUCGCACGCCUGCAUAAACUCGAGGAGAAGGAGGGCGUGAAGCGCGCAGAGGGGACUCCUGCUGCUGCUGCUGCGCCUGCCGAUGGUGCUGCUACGGCUGCAGAGGGGGGAGAUGUGAUGAAAGAAGAUGUGCAGAAGGCUGAUGAAGAUGUGAAGGAGGGUGGAGAGGCUAUGGCAGCUUAG